UCCUCUGUUCUUACUCUACACAACCUCUCUUCUUCUCUGUACAAAACUCUGCACUACUAUCACUCUUAAUCAAUUUCAUUUCUGGGUGUCACAAUACCACUCAAAAUUUUCAAUUUUUGACAACUUUUGAAUGAUUUUGUCUUCUGGGUAUUACAAAAGAUUCUAAUUUUUGAAGUUCUAACUAGUUCUUUAGUAGUUCUUGCUCUGUGUUUUUUGCUAUGCUCUAUCACAAUCUAUAUUUAUAUAGUUGAUUUUGUUUUUGGGAUCAAAUUUCCAAAGUGGGGUUGGUGGGGAAGGCUUUUCAUUUAUAAAUUUGAAUUUUCAAGGAAGAUGAUACCGUUGCACAACGGGUGCAUUUUAUGGAAGUUGUUUGCAAUUCUUGAGAAGAAAUUCAGUGUUGAGAAAAGCUUUUAUUUUUGGAUCUUCCAAAUUUCCAUAGGUACAGUUUGGGGACUUAGAAAUAGCUCUGAAAUUUUCUAAGCUCUUCUCUCUUUCUUUUCUUUUCUUUUUGAUCUUUUGCACUGGUUUUGGAGAUUUUGGAUAGUUAGGGGAGUGAGAAAAUGGCCGGGGCAUCAUUGCCACCCGGGUUUCGUUUCCACCCAACUGAUGAGGAAUUAGUUGGGUAUUACCUAAAGAGAAAAGUAGAGGGACAAGAAAUCGAACUUGAAGUGAUUCCCGUAAUCGAUUUGUACAAAUUUGAUCCAUGGGAGUUGCCAGAGAAAUCAUUCCUUCCAAAGCGUGAUAUGGAAUGGUUCUUCUUCUGUCCCCGGGAUAGGAAGUAUCCAAAUGGAUCACGCACCAAUCGUGCCACGAGAGCCGGAUACUGGAAAGCCACGGGUAAAGACCGCAAGGUAGUCUGUCAGUCUGGUGGGACUGGUUACAGGAAAACCUUAGUCUUCUACCGUGGACGAGCCCCAAUGGGGGAUCGAACAGACUGGGUAAUGCAUGAGUAUCGCCUCUGCGAUGAUCUUUCUCAAGGAUCACCAACUUUCCAGGGAGGUUUUGCUUUGUGCCGUGUGGUUAAGAAGAAUGAGCUGGCACAGAAGACAAAUGAUGGUUAUGGAGAGCCAAAAGCAAAGCGGAUUGGAAGUAGUUCAAGCAUUGGGGAUUUUACCUCGACAGGAAUGUCAAGUGAGGCUGUGACCGUCUCUGAGGACACAACCUUUCAAAUGAGUCACCUAGGCAAUAGCAGUAAUUUUUCGAGCCCGGUUACUUCUCCAUAUCAGACAACACCAAUGGUGGAGAGUGAAGCAUUUUCAAUGGGGACUAAUCCAAGUAGCCUCUGGGUAUCACCUGACUUGAUCCUUGAUUCUUCUAAGGAAUACCCACAAGGACAAGGUGUGUCUGCAUACUAUCCACAAUGCGAGUUUCCAAAUUCAACAACUCAAUGGCAAACUUAUAAUCAAUAUGAAAUCUCUCCCAGUUCAUCGUACUCGAAUUUUACAGAGGAAGUUGAACUUGGUGAUGGUCUAAGUCAAUUCUGUAGCAUGUCACCUUACUCAGGACACACAAAUUACAUGGGUUUUUGUGGAAAUGACGAUGUGCAAUAUGAAGGUUAUGAUCACCAGACCAAUUCACUGAGAAAUCCAAAACACUUCUGAAAAACAACAAAUGGGAGCCAUUGUAGUUUCAUUUUCUUUUUCUUUCUUUGACGCCGGAUUUGAAACUUGGGAUCAACCUGCAAUUGCUAGGCCUAGCAGAUAUUGGAGUUUGGAAGAACUUCGUGGUCUAUGGUCAUUGUGAUGUGAAGAAUAGUCUGCCAAAAGUAGGGCUAUGCUUCUGAGACAACGCCUUUUAAUGUUGUUCGUGGAGUGGAAAACAAUGAGUACUAUCACUUGUAGUCGGUAUGGAUUUGCUGUUAGAGUCCCGGUUAUGGUUGUUGUCGGUGUUGCUCUCUGGUUUAUGUAACUACGUAGUGAAAAGGACGAUCCCCCUGGUGAUGAUCACUUUUAUAGAUUGCACUGGGAGUUGGUUAUAUAUGUUGUUCUUAUAAAAUAAUGAAGCUUCUUUCAUGGAAGCCACUUUUCUGUCAAAAUUAAUGUUGAAUGUUAAAUCUUCAAAACCCAAGUUCGAUA